CGGCGCUAGAGCGAGAACUCCGUCUUGGAGUGGGCCCGCCCUGCACCCUUGAAGAUGCCGCAGACGUCCAGCUUCAAGACCAGACAUCGCGAGGGCAUCUCGAGCGAAGCGCCUCGCGCGUCCGUAGCCAUCUCGGCUCAGGGUCUGCACUACAGAGCGCUGCAGCCAGGAAGGCCCGUCGCCCGCGGUCUGCGGAGGCGGCGGCCCGACCCGGCACCGGCCAGCGCCGAUGCUGCGCCCGCGCCCGCGGCGAGGCCUGCUGGGCGCCCUGCUACUGCAGGCGUUGCUGGGCGUCGCCAGCGGGGAGGACGACGAGUGGGGCAUGCCCGGCACUGGCACGGACGACGAGCCGGGCGCCAACGGCACGGGCAUCGCGUGCGGCACCCUCGUCGAGGCAGAGAACCUGACGGAGCUGCAGGACUACUUGCUCACUGGGCCGAAGCACAUCUUCAUGGACAUCGACGAGGUCGUGGCCAUGCCAGACUUCCCCUUCGUUGGGGGCCUGCCAUACACCGAGACCUUCCUGAACACUGUCAAGUCAUCAAGCGCCAGCUGCAAGUUGUCGCAGGCCCACUGGCCGAAGAUAUUUGGCUUCCUGGACAGAGGUCGCGUUGCGGCGCCCUUCAAGCUGGUGGACGAUGCGUUCCCCACCGUUAUCAGGGACCUGAGACUCUCAGAGAAGUCGGUCCUGGCGCUCACCACGCGGGACAAGAAGUGGGGCUUCACGUUUUCGUUCAGCGGGGAGCGCUUCAUGAGCACCCACGCGUUGGUGGAGUUCCUGGUGAAGUCCGGGGUCAAGUUUGACCCGCUGCCCAGGAAGGCGAAAAAGAUCGGCAACGCCACGAAGGCUGGGGCGAUACUCUUCGGCGGCAUGACAGCCAUGGGGAGGCACCUUACAGAGAUCGUGACGAACAUCAUCCCCAAAGGCGAGAAGGCCGUUUUCGUCCACGCGAGUUCCCGGACGUUGCGUGGUGCUCUGGAGGCCCGGGGCGACACGUGCCUCGUCGGGAUACAUUUCACGGGCGCCAAGCACGGCGAGCUUGACGAUGCCGCGAGGGUGCGGUGGCUUUGCGACGUCAUCAAGCAGCUCGAGAGACCUCCCACGGAGUGCGAGCUCUGCCCCGAGCUCAACAGAGGAGACAACGUCGAGUUAUGAUUUCGUGCCUAGCACGGCUCGCAGCGAGUGGGCGCGGGCGAGCGAAGCAAAACAAACAUAAAAAGCGAAG